AAAAACAACAACUAUCGUGUAGCUUGAUGACGCUGUGUAGAAGCGUGGAAUGAUGGGAUAUGUUGUCUUCACCUCCACCGCUGAUGGUACCGCUGUGAUACACCAAUCAGACGGGAACGAGAAAUAAUGUAUCCGGAAAAGCUGGUCACUUCCCACCGCAUCCGCGUACCGUUGAGCGGCAGCGGGGUAGAGGACAGCCGCCGCGCUCCCUCCGCCCUCCAUCACCCUCCGCUAUUGGCCAGCGCGCAGCCGGUUCAUUAUUUUAGUCUCACGGAUGCGAGAGACGCACCCGCUCGGCGCUCACUACCACACGCGCUCCGCCCGGAUGAAAGAGAUGCUGCUACUUUCUCCUGAGUGAGAUCCACGUGAAGUCGCAGAAGAUCGCAGAACUUCGGGUUUAUCGCGACGGGAGAGACCUGUUACUAAAGCCGAGGGAAGCGAUGGCACAUGCACGAGAGCGUCCGAGCGGCUCCCCGGUUUAGUUGGGGACGCAGACGAGCAGCGCAACGAUGAUGGGACGCUUUGGAAAGAAGGGACGUUACACUUGCGUUGGCUUUCUCGCGGUCCUCGUUUUCCUGCUGCCCAAUGCGAUGGCUCGAGGGUCACGUGAUGGUCUCUCCGCGAUGUCUGGAACACUGCCUCACUUCCUCCAAGAGCCUGAUGAUGCGUACAUCGUGAAGAGCAACCCCAUCAAGCUAUGUUGCCGUGCACGACCCGCUCUACAGAUCUUCUUUAAAUGCAACGGGGAAUGGGUGCAUCAAAACCAACACACUUCAUUGGAGCAUACUGAAUUGGGAACAGGGCUGAAGAUCCGUGAAGUGAUGAUAAAUGUUUCCAGACAGCAGGUGGAGGACUUCCAUGGGCCAGAGGACUACUGGUGUCUAUGUGUGGCAUGGAGUCAUUUGGGUACCUCCAAGAGCCGCAAAGCCACUGUCCGCAUCGCAUAUCUGAGGAAGAAUUUUGAACAGGAGCCGCAGGGGUUGGAGGUGCCAAUCAACGGCAUGAUCGUUCUCCACUGCCGCCCACCAGAGGGAGUGCCUGUAGCAGAGGUGCAGUGGCUGAAGAAUGAAGAACCGGUGAGUUCUCUUGAUGACGUCAACAUUGACACCCGUGCCGACCACAAUUUGAUCAUCAAUGAAGCUCGACUGUCCAAUUCGGGAAACUACACCUGUCUUGCUAAUAACGUUGUUGCUAGGAGACGUAGCGCUACAGCGACCGUCAUCGUGUUUGUGAAUGGAGGGUGGUCAUCCUGGACUGACUGGUCAGAAUGUAACGUUCACUGUGGGAGAGGAGUUCAGAAGCGAACGCGGACCUGCACUAACCCUGCACCGCUGAAUGGAGGGGCUUUCUGUGAGGGAAUGUCCGUUCAGAAGAGCAGCUGUACCUCGCCCUGCCCAGUGGACGGUGGCUGGGCGGAGUGGACCGUGUGGUCUGUUUGUAGUUCUGAAUGCGAGAGGCAGCGCACAAGAGAGUGUACGGACCCGGAGCCCAAACAUGGAGGCAGAUUGUGUGAUGGAGCCGCCCUAGAUACGGAUAACUGCACUGGAGACCUCUGCAUACAGGACAGGAAGCUGCUCCACGACUUGAAGGUGCCUCAAGCUGAAAUGGAGACCAAUAAUGAUGUCGCCCUUUACUCCGGUCUGGCUGCGGGUGUGGUUACCGUGGUCAUGCUGGUCGUUGCGGUAACGCUUUACAGGCGGAACCAAAGCGACUAUGGCGUUGAUGUCAUCGACUCAUCUGGGCUGACUGGAGGAUUUCAAUCUUUCAGCUUUAAAAGUGCAAGGCAAGGUAACCCUCUGUUAAUGAACUCCUCCAUGCAGCCCGAUCUGACCGUGUCACGGACUUACACCGGCCCCAUCUGUUUUCCUGACUCCAUGGAGAAAGAGCUCAUCCCUGAACCUGCGCUGUUUGACCCCCUCCCUGACCUCAAGGUCAAAGUUCACAGUUCAUUCAUGGUGUCCCUAGGUGUGUCAGAGAGGGCGGAGUACCAUGCAAAAGCCCCUUACCAAACCUUUCCUCGUGGCGUGGUGCAGGACGUGGGAGGUGGCACCCUGGGCGGGAGGGGGAGGAGUCAGUUGACCCCUGCCCAGCCAUCACUGGUUUCCAAUACGUGUAAAAGACCGCUUAGGACCAGCGGGGUGUUUGGGCACAGCGGUGGGCGACUGGUAGUCCCCAAUACAGGUGUGAGUUUGCUGGUGCCACAAGGCGCGAUCGAAGAGGACACAACCUGGGAACUGUACAUAAGCAUUACCCAGCAGGCCUCCAGUUCUUUGUCUGAUGAAGGUCAGGAGAUUCUUCUGAGUCCAGAGGUAACAUACGGCCCACCUGGCCUGAUUCUUUCCUGCCCCGUUGCCUUGACGAUAGCCCACUGUGCAGAUGUGAGUUCGGAAGACUGGAGUAUUAAGCUCAAGAGACAAACCCAGGACAACAGCUGGGAGGAGGUAAUGGCCGUGGAAGCAGAGAGCACCUGUUGUUACUGCCUGUUGGACACUCAGUGCUGCCACCUUUUGGUCGAGAGACCAGGGUGUUACGCUUUAGUGGGAGAGGCCCUCACUCAAGCAGCCGGGAAGAGAAUCCGACUGGCUGCGUUUGGAAACAUGGAGCCAAACUUUCUAAACUAUAGCAUUCGAGUGUACUGCGUGGAUGAUACACCUCAUACCUUUCAGGAGGUGGUAUCACUGGAGCGAGGUCGAGGUGGCCGCCUACUGGAGGAACCCAAGACCCUCCUCUUCCGAGCGAACUCUUUUAGUCUGCAGGUUUCCAUCCAAGACAUCCCCCAGUUCCUCUGGAGCAUCAAACCUUUUACCACCUGCCAGGAAUUCACCUUCUCUCAGGUGUGGUGCAGUAACCAGACUCCUCUGCAGUGUGCCUUUUCUCUGGAGCGCUACAGUCCAGCAGCCAAUCAGCUCUCUUGUAAGAUCAGUGUUCGGCAGGUCAAAGGUCAUGAGCAUAUCCUGCAAGUCUACACCACCAUUGCAGAGAGCGAAAAAGACACAGUGCCAUUCUUCACACAAUCAGACUGUACCGUCACCUCCCAGACGGGGUCCAGGGCCUUCAAAAUCCCUCUUUCAAUACGACAGCGGAUCUGUGCGACCUUUGACACGGCCAACGUCAAGGGCAAAGACUGGCAGCUUUUAGCACAGAAACUCCACAUAGACAGGAACCUCGGUUAUUUUGCACGCCAGACGAGCCCAUCCGCUGUAAUUCUGAGUUUAUGGGAAGCCCAGCAUCAGGACAGAGGCGAUCUGGACUCUUUGGCCAGCGCUUUAGAGGAAAUCGGCAAAAUUCACUCUAAACACUCAACCAGCGUGGACUCUCUGGACUGCAUCAGCAAAACUCACCCUUCCAUCGACUCAACCAUAACCCGAAGCAGUGAGGAACUAGACAGGGACCACACCUAAGAACUAUUUUUUGGGAAUAUGGAGUAAAAUACAGUUCUGAGGAGAACAUGAGGAGAGGGGAGUUGGCACUUUAAAAGGUUGCCCCACCCUUUCAAACGGUUGCUCCUCCCCCUUCUUGACUGACACAAACAGGGUGUUAUAAAUGGGACGUGACCAAAUAGGCAAGCUACAGUGAUGCACAGAAAGUCUCACACAGACAUAUCCACGUGGUAUUCUUAUAAAUUACUCAUAAACACAUCGGAACAAACUGAAAAGUACACUGAGCCUGUCUGGCGAAAUUUUGCAGCUAAAGAUUGUGGGUGUGCUUACGUCACAUUAUUUGUUUCAGUAGAGACGAAAUGAAUGAGGCUUAAAAGUGUAAAUGUUGAUUUGCAUCCACAGGCUUGUGCAACUUGGACCGCGUGACUAAACCGGGCUGCCUCAAUGCUUCAGAGUGUGUCGUCGUUUUUGUGGGACACUUUUUUUGCGUAUUUCUGUUUAAAACCAAAAUGGUUGUCUGCAUUUCUGAGUACCUUUCUGUUUGCAAAUAGAUUAAAAAAGAAAAAUCACCUGUAUUAUUGAAUACUAUUAAAGCUUGUUGGAUAGCAACCA